AUGUCGAAACGCGCACACCCUCAUGACGCUCAUCCGAGCGACCAUUCAGCAAUCUACAACGAGGAUCUGAAACAUCCCUCGCCAAAGCGUGCGAAACAAAUUGACGAGCAUUCACCCUUCGAAUCACUCGAGAAGGCCAUCUCGGAGCAGAAAACUGAUCACUCGGUUCGCAAUGUGUUGCACUGGUUCAGAUCCAAGGACGUAAGAGCAGACGAUAACCGCGCACUCCACGCUGCGUCGCAAAAAGCGAAAGAGGGAGAUGAAGCCCUGAUCACCAUGUACUUGUACAGCCCCAAAGAUCUGGAAUGGCAUGGUACCAGCCCUGCUCGAUCCGACUUUCUGCUGGAAUCGCUUUCGUUGUUGCAGAAGCAGUUGCGCGAGAAGAACAUCCCGAUGGCUGUUGUGACGGCUGAAGACAGAGCAGACAAGACGGACAAAGUCAUGGAGUUUAUCAAGGACAACGAUAUCUCUCACGUCUAUGGAAAUUUUGAGUAUGAAGUGGAUGAGAUACGUCGGGAUAUCAAGGUUGCGCAUCAUAUCCAGGAAGAGAAGGACGUCUCGAUCGAGCUNUUGCAUGACCAGACUGUUCUUGAACCGGGUUUGCUCGUGACAGGCAGUGGAACACCCAUGAAGGUCUUUACGCCGUACCACAAAGCCUGGCUUUCGGAGACCAAGAAGAACCCUGAGCACCUCGAUCUCGUGGGGCCUCCUGAAGCAAACGACAAGUCGGCCAUCGAUAAGUUCAAGAAGCUNUUUGAUUCGAAGAUGCCCUCUCUACCAGAUAACAAAGAUUUCACCAGCGACGAGGAAAGAAAACGCAUCCGUGAACUCUGGCCUGCAGGCCAUGAAGCAGGCAUCAAGCGUCUCCAAUACUUCCUCAACGAAAAGGUUGCAGACUACGCCAGCCACCGCUCCGAGCCAGCCAGAGAUCCCUCUUCACGUUUAUCGGCAUACUUCUCAGCUGGUGUGAUCAGCGUGCGUGAAGCUCUUGCCACUGCUAAGAAACACAACAACAACAAACACUUUGAUGAAGGCGAAUCUGGUAUUGCCUCUUGGGUCCGCGAAAUCGUCUUUAGAGAAUUCUACCGUCAAGUCCUUGUUGCUAUCCCUCAUAACGCCAUGAACCUUCCUCAGAACCUGAAGUUCGACAAUGUACACUGGGAAGACGACGAAGAAGGCUGGGAAAAGUGGUGUCAAGGCAAUACCGGCGUCCCCUGGAUAGAUGCCGGCAUGAGACAACUAAACACCGAGAGCUACAUGAACAACAGACUUCGGAUGAACACCGCAUCCUACCUCACAGCCAACCUCCUAAUCGACUACCGCCGCGGAGAAAGAUAUUUCGCCACCCACCUAAUCGACUGGGACCUUUCCAACAACACACAAGGCUGGGAACCCAGCUACACAGUUUUUAAUCCCAUCAGCCAAGCCGAAAAAUGCGACCCCCACGGCGACUAUAUCCGAAAAUGGGUGCCCGAGUUGAAAAACCUAAAGGGCAAGGAUGUUUUUGAUCCGUAUGGCAGGUUGAGCAAAGAAGAGUUUGAGAAAUUGGGGUAUCCGAAACCGCAUGUGGAGUUUGGGGAGAGUAAGAAGAGGGCUGUAGAGAGGUUUAAGAAGGAUUUGCAUGAUGCUAAUGUUUGA